AUGCUUUGGAUCACAUCACCUGCUGUGACCCAGGGUAGCGAUUGGUUUCCUAGUCUACUGGAUCAGUGCGCUUCGUUACAUUUCCAAGGCUUCAUCGGCCUCGAUCAGUUCGCUUCGUUACAUUUCCAAGGCUUCAUCGGCCUCGUUCGUGGGUAGCGAGCCGGUUUUCGAUCACCAAGCUGAUCGUUUGGCUUCAUCUAUUUCUUACCAAGCCACACAAGAACUCUAUCGUAAACAGUGCUUCACUGUUACGUCUCAAAGGCUACGUCGAGCUGAUUGGCUUCGUUUGUCGAAGCGAGCUGUUUUUCGAUUGCCAAGCCGAUCGUUUGGCCAAGCCGAUCGUUUGGCUUCAUUCUAGAUCCACCCAAGCCACACAAGGAAGCUACCCAUUCUAGAUCUACCCAAGCCACACACAAAACCAACGUAACCAGCGCUUUGCUGUGACGUUUCAAAGGCUACAUCACUGCCCUAAACAGUGCUUUGCUGUUGGUUUCCUUGUUGAGCUGUCUUUUUCUGUUCCACUUCUCUUCUCAAUUUGCCUGUCAUGUACAUGUCACAGAUGUUGUAGUUGACCUGGGCCAGAAGUGAGUUUGUGGAAGGAUUCUAUUUCCUCUAUCUCAUUUUCUGACCCAGAGUCCAUCUCUUUUUCUGUUUCACUGUCUUUUUUUUGUUAUGUGUCAAGUCUGAUUAUCAUUACUCAAGCAAUGCUAAU